AUGCAACAAGUUUAUGUGCCUAAGAAGGUUGAGGUUCCCGUUGUGUCCCUGCCGAGAACUAGGCCACAAUCGGUAAUUACAGUCGGCUUCAUGGAAGUUCCUAUCACUAAUCAUGAUGGGCCGAUUGUAAUUGAAGAAAUUCUAGGAUUUAAACAAGAUGAAGCUCCUAAAGAAGUUGCUGGAGUUAAAGAAAAGAAGCGCAUUGAAGGAGAUUCCAAGUACCGUCAACCCAUAUGUUAUCCUCGUGGUUUGAAUAAAACUCAACGACGUAAAUUACAGUGUGCCCGGCAUAAGCAACAGAAGAGGGAGAAGCUUGUCAAGAGGGAGGUUGGCAUGGAGGUCCCUGAGGUUCCCGAUGAGGAGAUGGUUGAUUAUGAAGCCAUUCUAGAAAGGGUAGACGUCAAUGUGGUCUAUAUGUCCGUCAAUUACUACAUUCUUGGAGAUGAUUCGGCGACAGCAGAAUUUAACUUCAUGACGGAGAGUGCUAUAUUUCAGAAACCAGAUGACUUCGUCAACCAUCUCAAGCCUCCGCAUGUGAAGCUGAUUGAUAAUUGGCUCAAUAUCAUCAUGUAA